AUGUUCGGCAGUGCAUUUCAAUGGCACUAUCCGACUCCUAAGACAGGUGAUCAUAUCAAAGUUGUCGUCGACUUGGUCCGGCCCAUAUCUGAGCCUGAUGACGUGACUCUCGACGGUUCGGAUCCACUUACGCAACCCAAUAUCAACAUCAACUCCUUCGCAAAUGAUCUAGAUAUUAUUGCGAUGCGAGAAGGACUUAGGUUUAGUUAUGAUCUUCUCCUCAAGGGCGAAGGCUUCAACGAUCUUGUGGUCGAUGAGUAUCCUUGGGACAUGCCUCUUCAUUCAGUUGAGGAAUUAAAGCGGGCUGUGCUUGAUCGUUGUCAGAGGGCGUUCCACCCGUGUGGUACGGCUCGUCUUUCAAGAGCAUCGAACAAGGAGUUGUUGAUCCGCACUUAA